CUCUUCCAUCCCAAGCGCAACAGAGCUGGAGUUACGUGGAUCCAACCAAGAAACAGAUGAAGAUUAUUUUGAGACCCUAUCACAUCAGAGUGAUUCUUUGUCAGAUGUAAAAACUGAGCCUUAUGAGAGUGCAUCAGACACAGAAUCUGUUGCCAGUGAUGUAACUGGGGAAACUUGCUUGGAUUCAAACUGCAUUUCUGCUGAAAAAAAAGAUCUAUGCUGUACUCUUCCUAAAGCAAAGGCAGAAACAACACUUUAUGAGUUUAGGUACUCAAAACAACCAGAAUUUAGCCAGUGGGUGGAGUUAGAAGUGUCUUCCAAAAUAAAAGUAGCACCAAGGAAAAAUGAAUUUUGCAUACAAAUGGCGAAGUCAGAAUGUGAAAAAGUGGGAGAUGAAGAGCAAACAUUAACUAGUGGUAUUUCUAACACGGAGAACCAAGUGAAUGAACAGGGCAUUGUAUCAAAGACAGACAGAAAGUUGGUAGCAGAAGGACUGCAAAUGAAAGCAGAGUUUAAAAGCAGUAAAGUGCAAUCCUAUACCAACUCAAUACCUGCUGAAGAUGCUAUUACAAGACAAAAGAAACAGCCUGCAGUAUUAAGUAUUUCUUGUUUCAAAGCAAACUCAGAAAGUUGUUUGAUUUUUCCUAAGGUACAGAAACUUUCUUUCCAGUCAGAUGCAGCACCAAGCUGUAGUUUGCCUAAUAUUCAUUUUGAAACAAAUGGAACUUACCAUAAAAGAUACACUGAGGCAUCUGACUAUAACUAUGAACUAGAUGCUAUGUCCAAUAUAAAAUACAAUAAGGGGAAUUCAGUUAACAGUGAGGAAAUCACGGGUAAAAGGAUAAAACAAGAAAGUACUGAGGCCACGCUGACAACAGAUUCAUUCUUUUACCAGAGCCACCUCAAAUCAAAAUCUCAGCCACCACUCACAAGGUCAGAGAUUGCAGAAAGUAAAACAUGGCAUAGUGUACCUGAAAAUAUAAGUGCUCAAGGCAAGAGAGAGUACCUGGGGAACUGUUGUCAUCUGACAGACAAAUUUAGAUGGUCAUGUUCCAGAAUACAUCUUCAAGAGCUGGAUUUUGAAUACACUUGGAAGAACUUAGGAAGGGUAGCUGUCAGCCCUGAAAAAGCAGUAAAAGUAGAUGGCAAAUCUAACAUAAAUAGAUCCCUUAAUACCAGCAUAGACUUAAAUGAGGGUCGAUUUUCUCAACCAGCAGGUUCUCACCAAUAUGUUUAUUUUAAUUUGCAGUCUAAAUCAGACACAUGUGACCUUAGCCCAGAAGCAGCAGGUACAUGUGAUGAUAGCUUAUCUUCAGCACAGAUAGAUGCUUGUGAGUGUAAUCCAAAAGAAAAAGAGACUUCAUCUGCCAUGGCUUGUGAGCCAGUGAUAAUACAUGUGGAAGAACUAAUAAAAAAAGGUCAAUAUGAAUCAGAGAGGUAUCUGGAAACACACAGAUUCCCUUGUGAUAUUAAUGUUGAAUCUGACAUUGGUGACACUGAGAACCCAGCAGCCUACCUUGUAGAUUUUCCUGAUGUUGUAGAAAAUACAGGUUGGGAUUGUUCUGUGAACUAUGUUUCCACUGGUAGAACACAGCAGAACACUUUGGAGGACGAUAGCCUUGAUUCUAUUUUGUCAGGUAUAGAAGUCAUGGUAGGGAAAAGAGGGUUAGAGGAUCCUUCUAAUGUUGGCUUUGAUUGGAAAGUCGUGGAAACUACAUUGCAACCAGGUGGCAGUAACACUAGGGCAGAGCACAAAGAUUCAAUGCAACAAAGUACGAGUUGCAAAACUGGUGCCUUAAAUAGUCACUCUGAGCCAGUAACAAAUGAACAUCUUGCUUUUCAAGGAAGGGAUGAAGACAGUGUCUUUGCUCUUGAAAUGACUCCCAGAUCAGAUUAUAUACACCAGGGAAGACAUUUAACGAAUAUUCCAGAGUUAAAGCCUGCCUUGAUUAUAAUAUCUGUAGAGCAGAAAGGAUUACAGUCCAAGACACUGAAUGAUGACCUUUCUACUGAAACAGUAACUGGAACACUGAGAGACCUAGUGAGCAAGGAUUUGGUGUCUCCUCAUAUUGUCAGCAAAGCUCAUGACAAUCCAGAAAGAGUUCUGAGUGAAUGCUAUAGCUGUGAAGAAGAAAUUCUGCCCAUCCACCCCUUUCCUAGCAGUGCAGAGGUACUCCCUGCUUGGGAUACAGCUGAAGAAAAAUCAGAAGUUUCACAACAGCAAUUAGAGAAAACAGAUCUGAUUUCAUCUUUAGACUUCAGCUGUUGUAAUUCCACAGUAACAAGUGGAAAGGUGGAAUCUAGGAGAGUUACUGUACCCUUGGGCAGUGAUAUACUUGUUACAGAAGACCGAGCAGAUAAAUGUGAUGAAGCACGCUUGAAAUCACAUAGCAGAACUGCCAUUACAACUUCUGAGGUGGGGCUUCACGGAACAAGAAUAGAUUUUGAGUUAGAAACAGAGCAGUUGAAAAAGUCGUGGGCUGAAACAAGGGAUGGCCAGGUGACUAAGGAAGAGGAAUUCAAAGAAUAUCAAGGUAGAGAUGAAGACAAAUAUAUAACCCUUGCAUUAACACUGGAGAAGGAUAGUGUAAGCAAUCUGUGUCAGGGAAAUGGUGCUGAUGAUGACUUCCAAGGGCCCAGCAUCACCUCCAAACAAGAAACAGGCAAGCAAGGAACCAAAGGCUGUAAUGGUUCAAAGGAACAAAUAAAUAUUUGUGAAGAUUGUUCUACUAGAGAAAAAAAAGAGGCGUGUUCUAUGGAAGACACAGCCAGCUCUAGCAAAGACAGUGCACUGAAUCUGGAUGUGUCUGAUGUUUUUAACUAUUCUGUGAAAAGGGAGACCCAUAACGCCUGCAGGCUAGGCCUAGAUAAUAUAAGUACCUGCAGCACUAACAGUGAGGAGAUGGAUGAGAGCCCCUACCACACCCUGGGAAGUAACAGCAGUCUCCAUAAAGCCGUGCAAAAACUAACGAAGAAUGGGAAUACUGGGAAAUCUCCCAGGUUUUCAGUUUUCUCAAAAAUGACAUCUUUCAGGAAAACAAAGCUUACCACAGCAGAAAAUCAAGGAAGCAGCAGUUUCUUUGGUAGCAAGGCAAAAACAGAAGAACUGGAUGCUGGGAGAGAGGAUGAAGACACUGAAAGUUUACAAUCUUUUAAAAGCUUUUCAUCUGGGUUUGGUUACCACAGGAAGGAAAGCUAUGCCUCUGAAUAUUCUGAUGAUGAUGAUUUAUUCUAUGAGAGACCUGCAGGACUAUUCAACAGAAUGAGCCUGAGGAAGGCUUCUGGCUCUGGUCGGAUACUGAUGGAAGAUAUAGAUACAAAUUCUACUUCUCCCACACUGGCCACUGUCAAAUAUGCAGAUGGACACAUUUCAGCUUCAUCUGUAAACAAUGACAGUGAACCUUUGGAAUACCCACGAAUUCGAAAAUCCUUCCUUGAAAAUGAAAACAAAAGAAGCAAAAAGCCUGAGGGCAAGAAGUUCAGGACAAGGCUGGCCUUGGCACACAAAUCCCUUUCAAACUUAUUUGAAUCCAAAUCUCCAGAAAAAGAAAACACUGAGCAAAGCUCAAGAGUAUUGCUGAAAUAUGAAAGGGAGAAAGUGAAACUCCGCCAGAGCACCUGGAAAGCUUUUCUAAAAAGCAAGGAGGCAGAUGGACUAAAAAGGCCUGUCUUGGCAAGCUUAUCACCCACACCGGAGAGUCUUAACACAAGUAGGGACCAUGUGAUGAGAACAUCGGUAGAGAGACAGGAUACCUCCAGUGGACAAGCGUUUUUGAAAGCAGGAACAGCUGAUGACUCCUUGACAGAUGCCAACUCUUCUGACCCGUCUGUGGAGCCUGUUGAUGGAGUCAAUCAUAUGUUGAUUCCUUCACCAACAGAUAUGUGGAGGAAACGAAUGCAGUCCCAUGACUUGGGCAUGAAAUACUCACAGAGUUCAGACUGUGAUGAACAAAAGGAGGCCCUGGGCAACAACUUAAAUGCUUCUCUAGAGGAAUAUUGGAUGAAAUCUCCAUUUAGUCCCAGUGACUUGCAGUUGCCUUUUAAUCAGUCAAGUCCAUCAUGUCCACAGCUCUCAAGUUAUGAAGGUAAAGAUAUGCCAUGUAGGCCCAUGAGUCCUAAACCACAGAGCCCACGGUCCACUUCUCAGUGCAAGAGCUUUCGUUAUCCUGGAAGAAUAUGUGCCACUUCAAUGAUCUCUCUUGGGAACAGUGCUGCAAUUGACAGCAGUUUGGAAGCGCCUGAGAGACCAAAGACACUGAAACCCAGAGGUAGUCUUUUACUUUCUGUACACUCGUUGGACAAUGAAUACCAGAAGGAUGACAGUGGGAUAAGCAGUCAGUCCCAGAUCAGCUUAAACACAGCCUCUUCCGUUAGUGACAUACUCAGAGAUGAGGAGUGUAAACAGCAGUGUCAAACACCACCUGAAAAGAGGCCAAGUGAGAAAUGGGUUCCCCAUCACAAAAGGAGGCCCCCCCAGGUUUCACCAUCCCCACGCCCUCUCUCAACCUUUGAUAGCAAAGCCCAGAGGCUUUCCUUCCUUGCUCCGGAUGAAAAACCCAAGGAGAUUCCAGAGAGGAAAAGGAAGAGACCUAAACCCCUCUAUAAGUGCUUCAGCUUCGAUGAUGUUUGGAUGGAGAGGAACCAAAAAAGGAAGCUAGAGAAGGACAUACAGCCAGAGGGAGGAAUUCAAUUGCAGCACCUCCCAGAAGACCAGUUAAAAGCUGGAACGAGUCCAUCCGUUACUUCUGCUGUUGCCUUUGACAUUCUGCCACUUAAGCUGCAUCCAUUUUCCCAGAGCACUCCAACAGGCUUAGACUGCGUCGGCUGGAAACAGCGCAUUUCUCUUCCUGUGAUCACUGAUGGGGCACUGGAUAAGACAGCUCUCACAGAUGACGUGGGGAGCGAGGAGGACCUGUACGAGGACUUCCGGAGCUCCAACCACCGCUAUGGCCACCCUGGGGGAGGUGGAGAGCAGCUCGCCAUCAAUGAGCUCAUCAGUGAUGGCAGCGUGGUGUAUGCAGAAGCCCUCUGGGACCAUGUCACGAUGGACGACCAGGAGCUGGGAUUCAAGGCUGGCGAUGUCAUUGAAGUAAUGGACGCUACCAACAAGGAGUGGUGGUGGGGCAGGAUUCUGGACAGUGAAGGCUGGUUUCCAGCCAGCUUUGUUCGGCUUCGAGUAAACCAGGAUGAACCUAUGGAAGACUAUCCUCUAAAGGUAGAGGGUGGGAAAGAGGAUGACUCCAGCAGUGGUACCCGACGCUUUGGGAUGGGGCAGACCACCAAAGAUCAAAUGAGGACCAACGUCAUCAAUGAGAUCAUAAGCACAGAGAGAGACUACAUCAAGCAUCUGAAGGACAUCUGUGAGGGUUACAUUAAGCAGUGCCGCAAAAGAGCUGACAUGUUUACAGAAGAACAGCUCAGGACAAUCUUUGGGAACAUUGAAGACAUCUACAGGUGCCAAAAGAAAUUUGUUAAAGCACUGGAGAAGAAAUUCAAUAAAGACCACCCACAUUUGAGUGAGGUUGGCUCAUGCUUCUUGGAGUAUCAAACAGAGUUUCAGAUAUACUCUGAAUACUGCAACAACCACCCCAAUGCCUGCAUGGAGCUGUCCCGACUCACCAAAGUUAACAAGUACGUCUACUUCUUCGAGGCCUGCCGCCUGCUGCAGAAGAUGAUCGACAUCUCUCUGGAUGGGUUUCUGCUAACUCCUGUGCAGAAAAUCUGCAAAUACCCGUUGCAACUGGCUGAACUGCUCAAAUACACCAACCCCCAGCACAGCAGUGAAAUUUCCCAGAACUGUUUUAAGCAUGUCUUACUAAAUCUGGAUUUUAAAGAUGUUGAAGCUGCCUUAAAUGCCAUGAAGAACGUUGCUCGGCUCAUCAACGAGAGAAAGCGGCGGCUGGAGAACAUUGACAAAAUUGCUCAGUGGCAGAGCUCAAUAGAGGACUGGGAGGGGGAAGACGUCCUGGCGCGGAGCUCGGAGCUCAUCCACUCCGGGGAGCUGACGCGGAUGGCGGCGCCGCACGCCCGGGGCCAGCAGCGCACGUUCUUCCUCUUCGACCACCAGCUGCUCUGCUGCAAGAAGGAUCUUCUGCGCCGGGACAUCCUCUAUUAUAAAAGUCGGAUCAACAUGGAUGAUAUGGAAAUACUGGAUGUAGAGGAUGGGAAGGACAAGGACUUCAACAUCAGCGUGAAAAACGCAUUUAAGCUGCACUGCCGCGACACUGAGGAAGUCCACCUAUUCUGUGCAAAAAAGCCUGAGCAGAAACAGCGCUGGCUGAAGGCAUUUGAGAGCGAAAGGAGACAGGUUCAGCUUGACCAGGAGACCGGUUUUUCAAUCACCGAGGUGCAGAAAAAGCAGGCAAUGCUGAAUGCCAGCAAGCAGCACCACACUGGGAAGCCUAAGGCUGUCACCCGGCCGUACUACGACUUCCUGAUGCGUCAGAAGCACCCCACGCUGCCUACCACUCUCCCUCAGCAGCAAGUCUUCAUGCUGGCAGAGCCCAAGCGCAAGCCCUCGAACUUCUGGCAGAACAUCAGCAGGCUGACGCCCUUCCGGAAGUGAGGGCAGCCCCAUGCUUGUGCCUGAAUCCCACCCGCGAAAGCACUUUACCCGUCAGUCCUGGGAGAUGGAGCCCACUUCUUCCACUCCUU